UCGAGGUGGUAGCUAGAGGGUCAAGAAGAAGCCCUAGAUUAGAGGGAGCUGACUCGAGAGAUCGCCCCCUGGCCCUUGGGAGGACACUACUCUUCCAAGAUCCAAGCCCACUGCUGGGAUAAAUAGUCCUCCUCGUCCUAAAAGCUGAGAGUGUCUCCUGCAGCCGAUUAAGCCCGAGCGGAGAAGAAAGAAAGGGAUGCCGGGAAAAAAUAAAGGAAAAAAAAAAGAUGACUUCAGAUUUGACUUCUAGAACUCGAAAGGGCUGUCUCCUAGUAACGCACUGCGAAGAUCCCUCCGCCUGCUUGGUUCCCGGGGCAACCUCCCCGUGCCACUCUUCCCCUCCCCCUUCCAUUCCCUUACCCUCAGCGAUCUGUACCCAUAGCAACAGCAACCGCGGGGCAAACUAAGAAGACCACCCCGUCUCUUCCCUCCCGGGCCUUAAGCAAUUUCUACGCAACUUAAGGAGAUGGAACCCAGUCCUUCAGGAACUCAGGAGAAAAAGACCACUCGGCUCACGCACAAUUCCGGUGUAUCAGCGGUUAUGACCAGGUCUGAGGAGUAUUUGGCCCGGGUCAGCACAGAACUUACCAAUGAGGCCCUGAUGGGAGCCCAAUACCCAAUGAGCCCUGACGUGCCCAAGGAACUGAAAAAACUGGACCAGGGAACUCAGAUGUCCCGACACGUGCUGCCAACCACCAGGACCAAGGGCACGGAUACUCGUUCUGACAGAAACAGGACCAGAAAUAAAACUCAUCUCCUGCCAUCCAGAGAGAUGGCUGGCUAA